AUGAACAAGUUCGCGAAACAACCGAAACUCCUCAAGAAACAUCCCAACGCCUUUCAGGUAGAGUGGAAGGACGGACAUGUCAGUUGGUAUCCGUACGUCUAUCUCCGACAGAUGUGUCCGUGCGCUGAAUGUGCUAUCAUCCGGCACAAAGGCAGGGAUGUCCAUUCCCUCUUUGCCCCACAAGGCGACGGAGAUAUAACCCUCAUUGAGGUUUCAGACGAUAUUCAACCCCUUGACAUCCAGUUAGUCGGUCGUUACGCGCUCCAAUUCAGUUGGAACGAUGGACACGAUACCGGCAUCUACCCAUUUGAAGCCCUGCGCGAGACGUGUCCGUGUCCAGAAUGUGCACCCCUUUAUGAAAAGCCACUUAUUCAAACGGAGGAAGAAAACUGA